GAAAACCAGUGAUGCGUUCAUCCAAACGGAGAAAAGGUGCAGCCUGGCCAACAACUUCCAGGAGGUUUGGACCCUUUAUCUACCAGUGUGGUUUGUACAACAACGACGCUAUUGUGCACUGAGAGAGGCUGAACCACUCUUACAACUAGCGGACUCCUGCUGGACAGAAAGUGAGUUAAAUUCCAAGUUUACAGAUAUAGCCAAAACUUUUUUAAAAUACGCAUCUAAGUCGUAUUUUUGCUGCGCUUGGGCGCAUUUCGUCGAGAAGAGGUGAAGUCUGAGGAGGCCCUGCUGCUGUUCCUGAGAGAGCACAACCGAGUGGGACGGACUUGGAUGUCAGUCAGGAGCUCCCGAUGCGACGGUAAAGAUCCAAAGAAAUUUCACCAGCAACUAACGCACCAUGGGAAAGAAGAUAUGUGGGACCAACUUCCCACUCAGCAUCUGCUUCAUAGUGGUGAACGAGUUCUGUGAACGCUUCUCCUACUAUGGCAUGAAAGCACUGCUGACCCUUUACUUUGUCAACUACCUGCACUGGGACAAGGACCUCUCCACUGCUAUCUAUCAUGCCUUCAGUGGCCUCUGCUACUUCACACCCAUCCUAGGAGCUCUUAUCGCUGACUCCUGGCUUGGAAAAUUCAAGACCAUCAUCUACCUGUCCAUUGUUUAUGUGAUAGGCCAUGUGGUGAAGUCGGUGGGAGCCAUUCCCACUGUGGGCGGCCGGGACGUGCACAUUGCAUUGUCCAUGUUGGGCCUGAUCCUCAUCGCUUUCGGCACCGGAGGAAUCAAACCCUGUGUGGCAGCAUUCGGAGGAGACCAGUUUGAGGAUGAGCAUGUCAGAGAGAGACAGAAAUUCUUCUCCAUUUUCUAUAUGUCAAUCAAUGCUGGGAGCCUCUUGUCGACUAUAAUUACACCCAUACUGAGAGGUGAUGUUCAGUGUUUCGGUGGUGACUGUUAUGCUCUUGCCUUUGGAGUUCCUGCAGCUUUGAUGGUUGUGUCUUUGGUUGUGUUCAUUGCUGGCAGUGGUAUGUACAAGAAGAAUCCUCCCCAAGGAAACAUCCUGUUGGAAGUCUGCAAUUGCAUUGGAUUUGCCCUCAAAAACCGCUGGUACAGAUGGAAGCACGAACCUCGGAGGACCCACUGGUUGGACUGGGCCGAAGAGAAGUACUCGAAGCGUCUGAUUCAGGAGAUUAAGAUGGUUCUUCGGGUUCUGGUGCUCUAUAUCCCGCUGCCAAUGUUCUGGGCUCUGUUUGAUCAGCAGGGUUCCCGCUGGACACUUCAAGCCACGAGGAUGAACCUGGCUUUUGGAGAUGCCUUCAGUAUCAAGCCUGACCAGAUGCAGAUGCUGAACGCUCUGCUGAUUCUUGUGUUUGUGCCCAUCUUUGACCUCGUCAUAUAUCCACUCGUUAGCCUUUGCAGAAUCAAGAUCAUGCCUCUGAGGAAAAUGGCUGCAGGGAUGAUUUUUGCAGCACUAGCCUUCGGAGCUGCCACACUGGUAGAGAUCAACGUUGUGAAAACGGUGGUGGAUCCUGCACCUGCAAAGAAUAGUCUACUGCAGGUUGUGAACCUGGCAGGAGGUGAUGCCAGUGUGAAGGUCCUCGGCACCAACCUGUUUCCAGAACCGAUACCACACUUCCAGGAUUCUCCGACAUACGAGACAUUGCCACUGGAAGGCCCCGCCAAGUACGCUUACAUUACAGUUACUUCCCUGGGAGCAGACACAGAGUGCAACCAGAGGUUUGAAGAGGAGGAGGCCUACAGUCUCAUCUUAUUCCCAGGACCUGCUGGAACUCAGUGCAAACUUGUGGAAGACUACAUAAUGAAAAACGAAGACGGGAAUCCUUUAGUGAGGUUCCUCAACACACUGCCGGAGGACUUAAACAUAACAGUUGGAACUGAACUUUUCAACGUGUCCUCUGAGUACAGCGUGUCUCUGAACCAGACUGUCAGUCGGGGAGCAUACUCAGACGUCACCUGCUGCUUAAAGUCAGGCGAGUGCUCGAAACUUGAUCUGGGCCUGCUGGAUUUCGGAGCUAUCUACACCAUCAUACUCAAGGAGGAAUCGGGUAAAAUCGUGGCUCACAAGACAGAGGAUGUGAAAGCGAACAACGUGCACAUCGCCUGGCAGAUUCCUCAGUACGCCCUCAUCACUGCUGGAGAGGUCAUGUUCUCCAUCACGGGCCUGGAGUUCUCCUAUUCACAGGCUCCAGCCAACAUGAAGUCGGUCCUGCAGGCCGGCUGGCUGCUCACAGUCGCUUUUGGGAACGUCAUAGUGCUGAUUGUGGCAGAAGGAGCGGGAUUGGAUCAGUGGAAAGAGUUCUUGCUGUUUGCCGGCCUGCUGCUGGGCGUCUGCAUCAUCUUCUCCAUCAUGACCUGCUUCUACACCUACGUCGACCCAGAGCAGCUGGAGAAGUUUUACCUGGAAGAUUCUGGGAAGGAGGGAGAUGACGACGACAAGAAGAAGAAAAACAAUGACGUACCACUGAACAAAACAGGGAAGGGCACCAGACUGUAAUUUCUUGCCUUCUUGGCAGUUUUAUGGUUUUUAAGGUGUUAUUUUUUGUGAAAAUGAAGCACUAAGAUAUGAUCGUUGGGCAUUUCUUGUGGUUUUUAAGUCCAGUAUUUGUGACAAUUAAAGGCGGAAUCAGCAACUGCGGAAAAACAUUUUUUUUUAGCUAGUUAUGAUGUUUAAAUAGAAAACCUGUGAACAGUCUUGCAUAGUCAGACCAUUCUACACAGUGGUGGAGAAUGGUCUGACUGCACCUCAUUAUCAGUACAACUACUCACAAUAGUAUCUAAACUAUCAAUUAUUUAUAAUAAAGAAGACCGAUAAUAUUUGAAAUGGAUAUAAAUUUGUUGUAAAACAUUUUAAUCUUGGUAUAAAAAUGGAAAAUAACACACACUCCAACAUAACCCUAAACUUUAUUGAAAUGCAUUAUUGUAAUGCUAUUAUAAUGUUUUCCAUGUGUUUACUUAACAGAAAACUUUAACUUUUAUUUGAUCUAAUGGGGAGGACCCCAUGUGCAAAUGUUUAAUGACGCUGUCAUUAAAAUGGAUAAUUCCUAGAAAGAACCAAGCAGGCCGGGACCUACAGUCACCAGGUGCUUAAUCAGAUUAGCAUGGGCCAGAUUUACUCUCCCACUACUCCUUUUCCCUCACCGUGUGCUCUAGCAUGAAUGUACUCAGAACACACUAGAAUAGUGUUUUGUGGAGCCACACAAGCCAUUUUGCUUCCCAUUUACAGAGCUGGAGCUGUGUGCGAAUAUCAGAUUUUUUUUUCAGCUCGCACAAAAAAAAAAAAACAAACAGCCAGCAGACAAUGAGGAGCUAUUCACUGAAUUUGGACAGAAAGAAUCUUUGAUUAGAAUUACUGACUUUACCUUUAAUGUAUUCUGUGAAGCCUGUUUAACACUCCAGUCAUGUCCAAGUUAUAACUCUACAGCUGAAUUAUCUAAAUGAGACUCAGCACAUGAAAUAGUGUUUGAGACCAAAAAAUAUUUCUCACAGCAUUAUCAAGUGUUCUUUUAGUAUAUUAAACAUUAUAUUUUGUUGUGUAUUAACUAGAGAUGCGAGAGAGUUGUAUUUUUAAUGCUGCUUGCAUAAUAAUCAUAUCCUACAUCAUCUGUGACAGAACACAUGGGAUAAAUAAUUCAGUUCACACUGUGUGCCUUUACCAAUGAUAUUAAAGCACAAUAGUUGGGUUUGACUUUCAGAAAUCAUAGCUCAUUGUCGCCAAAUGGCUGAUGUCUUGAACAUAUUACCAAGCAAACCAGUACCUAUCUGCACCUAUACAGUACAACAUAAGACCAGGGAAAGUUUACUGUAUAAAGAUAAUCAGCUUUGUUUUGUAUACUUGAUUCUUGCCUUUUUUUAUGGAAAACAUUUUGAGAUAUCCUGGUAAGAAAAUCACACAAACUUAAUCCAUCAAGAUGCAAACUGUGUUUAUUCAGGAAAAAGUAAAUGAUGCUCCUCCCUAUGAAGCUCUAUAAAUAAACUCUUGACUGAUGUCGAA